AUGACCGGUAGCAGCUCACACUUUCGCAUUAACUGGUGGUCCUGGCGUCUGCUGGGUGCUGUGGACCUAAACAACUGGAGUGUACAUAGCUAUCGUUAUUGGGCUGCUGUAGCCUUUAAUAUUGUUAUAACUAGUGGAUUUCCAAUCUCGCUUAUCAUGGUCAUGUUUAGCUUCGAGUUACCGCUGGAGAAUUUGAUGAACUUUAACAUAUCCGUCACCUCCUUGGCCACUACGGUCAAGUUUCUCAUAUAUGUGCGCCAAUUACAAAAGGUGCGUAAAAUUGAGCAAAUUUUCACCGAGUUGGAUGCACGUCCUAGAAACGAGUCGCAGGAGCAGUAUUUUCAGCGUAUGAGCAACGAACUGAGAUUGGUUACCAAAAUUUAUAAAUGGGCCUACGCCAUUAUCACCAUUAAUUCGGAGAUCAACUUCAUGUUUCGGAGUCAGCGUAGUUUGCCUUUUCCGGCUUGGUUCCCACUGGAUUGGACUGCCUCGCUGAGCAACUAUAGCGUCGCCUUGACUUAUCAGCUAAUUGCUAUAUCUACGCAAAUAUUUCAAAACUUUGUGGAUGAUUUGUUUCCACCUUUAGUGCUCCGUCUCAUAGCCGGACAUUGCGAAUUGCUUAUUAUGCGCGCCUCGAGCAUUGGACACGACGGAGCUGAUAGGCAGGCUAAUGAACAGCAACUUAUUCGAUGCAUAGAGGAUCAGCAGAAAUUGUACAAGCUUAUUGAGCUGACCAAGGACAUCAUCUCCUGGCCUCUCCUAAUGCAGUUCAUUGUGAUUGCCAUUGAUAGCGGUGCUGCCUUGUGCGCCUUACUCUUCUAUGUGGAAAUCAUGCAGGAGCGGUUAUACUAUAUAUCCUUUAUCUUUGCCCUUGCCAUGCAAAUAUUUCCAGUUUGUUAUUACGGCACUGGGGUGGAGCAUCUAUUCGAGCGCCUGCAUUAUGCGGUCUUUAGCAGCAAUUGGGCAGAUCAAAGUUAUGCCUAUCGAAAGAAUGCCCUAAUCUUUGCCGAGCGCACACAGCGAACCCCGAAACUCUUAGCUGGUAAUCUGAUACCGAUUGCUUUGACCACGUUUGUUACCAAUGCCAAGGCUGCUUAUUCGUUUUGCACUUUGAUCGCAGACAUUCGCAGUGAUAAGUAA